AAACAUUAGACACAGAAUAGUAAGCGAAACAAGGUGAAUAUCAUCCUGGCGCCUUUACCACCUCUCGUUGCGUGAACAAAGUAGCGAGAUAUCGUCGUGCACGCGGAGAGGGGACACGGGUGUGAUAUACGCUACAGAAGAGUGGAGUAAGAAGAGUGCUGAGCCAUAUGCCGCCAGCCGGGCUAUCGGCGAGAGGCUUGUCUACCUUGAUGGACCACGGACAACCGGAUGCUCGUCAUCGGAGCGAGCGUUUCCUACUCUACUCAGAGAAUGGCUCCUCACAUCCUCACAGUCCCAACACGGUCAAUUCAUCGCCACGGUAUCAGUACAACAGCAGAACCAACAGUCAUACCACUAGUUACGGGUCCAUAUAUGGACGUACGUCUAGCAACAAUAUGUCGGAUAGCAGCGUUUCUGACACUCAUAGCGGCGGAACUGCGAGAACUAUCUCUCAACAGACUAGUCCAUCCCACGGCACACAUUCCUCUUCUCAGUCGCGGCAGGACAACAGCAUCACCAUCUUCACGGCCCUCUUCGAUUACGUCGCUCAGGGUGAAGAUGAAUUAUCUCUGCAGAGAGGGGAAACUGUUGAGGUUUUGUCGAAGGACGCCAAAAUCUCAGGCGACGAGGGAUGGUGGACUGGGAAAAUUCGUGGAAAAGUGGGAAUUUUCCCGGCAAACUUCGUCGCGGAAGCAGAGAGCAUCGACCGAGUUUCGUCGGUGAUCGAUAAAGUCCAGCCGAUCGAGAUCGACUUUGAGGAGUUGCAACUGGAAGAAGUUAUAGGAGUCGGAGGAUUUGGAAAAGUAUACAGGGGCAUUUGGAAAAAACGGGAGGUAGCUGUGAAAGCUGCGCGCCAGGAUGCGGGCGAGGAACCUAGUGCAACAUUAGAAAACGUACGGCAGGAAGCAAAACUGUUCUGGUUGUUGAAACACGAAAAUAUUGUGCAAUUGGAGGGAGUGUGUUUGAAGAUGCCCAAUACGUGUCUUGUGAUGGAAUAUGCUCGUGGCGGCAGUCUUAACAGAGUUCUCAGCGGCAGGAAAAUCAGACCCGAUGUGUUAGUCGAUUGGGCGAUACAGAUUGCGAGAGGGAUGGAUUAUCUUCACAACAAGGCACCCAUAAGUCUUAUUCACAGGGAUCUGAAAAGUUCUAAUGUGUUACUGAGCGAGCCAAUUGAAAAUGACGACUUCCAGUACAAAACUCUGAAGAUCACGGACUUCGGUUUGGCGAGGGAGGUCUACAAAACGACUCGUAUGUCUGCGGCGGGCACGUACGCCUGGAUGGCGCCGGAAGUUAUUAAAAAGAGUACUUUCAGCAAAGCCAGUGACGUAUGGAGCUAUGGCGUGCUACUGUGGGAACUUCUGACCGGGGAAACGCCGUACAAGGGCAUCGAUGCUCUGGCCGUAGCGUACGGUGUUGCCGUCAAUAAGUUGACUCUACCUAUCCCAUCUACCUGUCCUCAACCAUGGAGUGCUCUCAUGAUAGCGUGCUGGGCAUCGGAUAGUCAUACUCGACCGGGAUUCACGGAAAUUUUACUCGCUUUGGACGAAGUGCGCAGUGCAUUCGCGGCAACGCCACACGAAUCCUUUCACACGAUGCAGGAGGAUUGGCGGCAGGAGAUCGAACAAGUUCUGCAUGGAUUGCGCAUGAAGGAAAAGGAGCUGCGCUGUAGAGAGGAGGAACUGACGAAGGCACAGGUGCAACAGAGACAGCACGAGGAAAAUUUGAGGCAGCGGGAACAGGAAUUGGCCGCGCGCGAGAUAGCUAUCUUGGAGAGGGAGCUCACCGUGAUGAUCAUUCAACAGCAAAACACGCCUACGCCGAACAAGAGACGUGGGAAAUUUAAGAAGUCGCGAUUAAAGUUGAAUAAGAAGGAACCUGGGAGCAACAUUAGUGCUCCUUCGGAUUUUCGUCACACGAUCACCGUUCAGGAUACGGCCUUAGAUCGAGGCAAAGUGAGGAAUCCGUCGAGGCCGAAUAGCCCACCAGGCUCACCCAGCAUUCCGAGGCUCAGAGCGAUCGCAUUACCGGCGGACGGAGUUAAGGGUAAGACUUGGGGACCGUCGACGCUACAUCAACGUGAGCGCGGGGCUAUUAUCACCCAGCCGCCGAACCCCGCCUCCCCAGGCGGCAAACGCUGGUCCCGUUCCGCGCCAGAUCUCGAAAAGACACCUCUGCGUACAGCCCUGUUGGCGAGCGCGCACCGCUCCCCGCUUCUGCAGGAAAUAGGCCUCUCUGAGGAAAGCAUCUACCACACCCAUUAUACAGCCUUACCGCCCGAUCCGUCGACCGACUGGAUAACGUCGGAAUACCCUGUGCCCGGGCUGACCGGGCCGUACAUCAUGCCGAUGCCCGUGCCUAUGCCCACCCUCUACAACGGCGAAACGAAAAAACCAAAGCUAAGCAUAAUCGAGCUGGUGCUGUACAACAUCGCGGCGAUGCUGGCCGGCGUGGCCACCGGCUACGACGUGCGAAUGUCAAACAUAUCCCCGAUACAUCCGCGCCUGUAUCCACGGCUGGGCGAGUGCGACGAGGACCCGCCGAGAUGGUGGUUUCAAGCGGACACGGGAUCGAAUCGCAACUCCUACCUCGGCGCCGAUUACGAGUUCAGCACGAGCAGCGGCUAUCCGCACAACACCUAUCACGGACGGGCACAUCAUUACAGGCCGUUCCUGAGUAACAUGGGUGGCAUAGCGCCCGGCCUUCCAUCCGCGGCGAUGCCGGACAAGCCGUUGCGCUUCACGGACUCCCCGCAGCACUACACGAGCAGUACGACGGGCUCCAACGCCCCGACACCCAGUCCGAGGAGGAAGAGCAGCAGCAGCACUAGCAACGAGGAUGCGUACGACACCGCUCGCGCCGAUCGGAUGGAGAGGGUGCCGACGAUAUACAUGGGUAACGUCGCCCCGUUCCCGGAUUACGGGCCGCCGAUGUACACCGUCGUACCGCCGGAGUACUUUCGGCCACCCGAACCGCCGACGUAUUUCAUACCUACGGAAUAUCACGAUCGGAUGCUCGAGUGUCCCGAGUUCCCGCACGCGUACGACAAUCCGAGCAGCGUGAACAGCCCGGCCAGGCCGGUGUCGAGGCUCCUGCCCUACACGCAUCAUCGCACCUCGUCGAACGUCUCCAAUGCAAGCACGUCGAGCCAGAGCAACGUCAAUCCGACGUUCCGGCUGGAGGACGAGGACGACUACGGCGUGUACUCGCAGAUACCGUAUUACCAGCGACCCUCGAACGUUAUUUCCAACUUGGCGACGACGUACGGCGCGAGCAUACUGAACCACGAGUACGUCGGCUCGCCGUUGCUGACCCGCCAGAACUCCCACGACUCCAACUCGAACUCCGGCGAGCGGCCGAGCAAUCUGGAGGUGGUCACGCGGCUGCGCUCGAGCCUGAAGCGAUCCAGUUACAAUCCGUACAACUCGCCGAGCAAGAGCGUGAGCAAAAACAACUCCGGCUCGGGCACGCCGACGAACCCGACGCCGCCGGACUCGCUCACGUCCGAGGACUCGAGCUACGUCUCCGCCAAGGACAGCCAGAUCUCCAUCAGCCGGGUGCGCUUCUCGCCGGUCACGUUCGACCGUGACGGCGUGCCGGCACGCGACGCCCACAGGGAAACGCUGCUGGACAUCCCGGUUCACGGCCAGAACCAGGACGUUACAGUACCGCUGCAGGCCAACCGGCGCCUCAAUCGGAACAGGAAGCCGAGCAUCUCGGAGCUUGAGAGGGAGUUCUUGUCAUAGCACUGGCUUAUUUAAGGCAGCUCCCCCUCAUGUUAGAACCAGCCGGACCGAGUGGGUUCGUCGAUAUUUUAUCUAUUUAUCGAUAUUUCUAGCGUAGUCCUAGGAGCCCGAUCUCUUUACGCCUCCGAUUAUACAAUCGCGAUUACGAAACCUUAUUGAUCGUCGACCGGAAGAAUUUUGCAAAAGACAAAAACGAAUUGCACGUUAUCGAAGCACUGCCUCCCGCGGACGAGUCUCAAUAGUAGCAGUAACACUAACAAGUCUGGGAAUCAACAUUCCAUUACAACACAUAUACAAUCCAGCGAAAUUCAUGUAACGUAGCGUAAUACGUGAUUCGUGGGCGAAUCUUUAAUUUGAUAACGUAAUGAUAUUUGGUAUGCGUGUCGCGUGUAGAAAUGUAUGUAUAUAUAUAUCACGAGCGAGGUAUUGCGACGCGACGUGGUAUAUAUUCAAAUUGCAUAUUGCUCCGAGAGAAGAUACUUUUCUGUAGUACACAAAGUGUAUAUGUUUUACAGCUUCGACCGUUGACGACAAAAUCGUCGAAUAAAUAGAAUCCAUUUUCUCUCGACAAAUUCACAGAUUAACGGUUAAUUUAAUGUAGUAAUGGAUAUUAUUAUUCUAUCAUCUAUGGAUACCAAUAUUCUAUCAAUAUGAUGAUUUGAUGUAUAGAAUGAGGUAAUAACUAUUGUCAUCUUAACAUUUUUCUUUGAUAAGAAAUUUUAAAAUUAAUUAGAUAUUUUUAAAAUUAAUUAAAUUAACUUAAUUUAGAGAGCACAAAUUUCUGCUGGCAAAAAUGACUUGGGCUCGGUUCCAUAAAUGUAAGAUUAAUCUCGGUUUAGCUUGCUGUUUAUCUCUCUCUGAUUCUUAUUUUUAGAUUAGAAAAAGAUAAACUUCGAUUAAAUCGAGUUAAUCGCGAAUCGUGAAAUCGGGCCUUAAAAAAUUAUCGUGACAGGGUGAUCUUUUGCAUAGCAACUUUUGUUAGACAAAUCUUUCUCUUAAUGGCUUCUAAGAAAAAUAGCUAAAGGUGAUUGCCUCAGUCUAUAUAACGGUAUCGUUGAAUAAUAAGCACAUCAUCACUCGAGGCUAUUGCAAUUUGACGUUUUCUUUUUGUGGCUGAUUAAGAGACAUUCCAAAAAACGUUAUCGCAUUUAUAUAAUCAGCAUCUGAACGAUAAGCGCGAAGAAAGAGGGAAGCGGUAGUCGAGCUCACGAUAGAGAGAAUUUAUCGAGAUGCACACACACACACACCCUUACACACAUACGCGCAUUAAUAUGCAAUUCCAUUGCGCAUAGUAAGAUUAAAGAAGGAAACGAAGGGGGGAGCGUUCUCUUUCCCUCGGCAGCUACCGCAUUAGCGACGUGUAAUGGUGUGUCCGCUUUCGAUAUUCAGACUUGGAUAUUCAGUAUUUCAGCGAAACGAAAGUGUUGUUUCUCGCAUUUAGUAUGAAAAGUUACGUUACGCAAAGUUCCUCCGUAACUUUGGUGAUAUUCGGUUCGGCGCAAUAUAAAAAACAUUCCAGAGAGAUUUGUUGUUGGAACGUAAGGAACGUAAGGAACUGUGUUCUACGCCAAUGCGGAAUUGGCAUUUCGUCGGAUUUUCAAUUCAAUUUGCAAGCUCAGGCUUUUCGACAUUCGAAAGGUCCCAGUGUUACUUUCUCCGCGAGUUUGUGAUAGACCGCCAAGACGGAGUGAAUGUCGAUUCCGCGUUGUUUAAACUGGUCCAUCGUUUAGGACGAGAAUAGAAUUUUUCUUCGCUUGUACUUGUAUCAUGUAACGUAUCGUGCGUUUAAAUAGCGUAUAACGGCGGUUUUACGUUAAAUUUUUUCCUACUAGAAAGUACUGGCAGCAGCAGCAGCAGCAGCAGCAGUCUCGUCGAGAAAUUGUAUAAAUUCUUUGUGCGUUUUGUGCAACUUGUACGAGCGUGAUUCGCGCGUUUAAUUAUAAAUAUACGCAACGCGGCAGCUCGAUGUAUUGUAUUGUAUAUUGUAUAGGGAAACGUACGGGGGGUUGUUUUAGAUACGGGAUAAUCAAUUCGGUUCGCGCGCGAGUUGAAGAACAAUCACUAUUUAUAUGUAAUCUAAUUUUAUGUACUUUACAAGAUACGGACAGCUACAAAGUAUUAGUUGUAGUAUUAUGUACUUAGCCGAACUUUUUCCGCGAUUACGUAUUAAUCUCUACAGUAUUUCCAACAUAAUCUCUCCCCUUUCUUGUCGCAAUCAGUGUAACUAGUCAUUGUAAUUGUAUUUUGAAGUUGUACCAUUGUCAUUUUGAUAGCGAUACGAUCUCAUUUUCCUUCAUUCUUGUGGUGCGGCAAAAUUAACAAAAUUAUACGAAAAGAUCCCCUAUGUAUUGCUGUACACUCGCUUUUUCCAACAAAGAGCUCGUUUUUUUUAAAGGGCUCCUCGCCUCUCCCCGAUUUACUUUCGAGAUUCGCGCGCGCCGAAAGGAAGGAAAACGUUGCUGUGCCGCUAUUAAAAUAGUGCCUCUGCUCAAUGAAUACGUUCAUCGUCGUUCUGUUGCAAUGCACAAUUGGAGAUGUACACGGUUAAUACAUCCACCCACAGGUACUUCCACCACCUUCGAUUACGCUAAAUCGACGAAGCGUAUAUACGGUCGAUAUACGAGAUACGCUCACGAAAAUGCGGGGAACAUGUACUGUUGGCAUUUUAACGACGUUCAAACGUGAAAUUGGUGUGUGUCGUAUAGCAACGGACGUGAUUAGGUAUAGGAUCGCGUCUUGCGCAGCUGUGUCACGCUUCUUUUGUACCUUAUGAAAAAAAAAAAAAAAAACAGUACGUCGCUUCUGAUGAGCAAACUACGCGCGUCUGUUAGAAAGUAUCCAAAGCGUGAGUCGCGUGCGAGUGAAUGUAAUAUCCAAACAUGCAGCUGCGCAAAACGCGAGGAUCGUUGCAUCUGGCGAUCCUUCUAUAAUAAUCGUUGUACAUAUAGAGGAGAAAAAAAAAA